AUGGAAUUCCUGGGCCAGCUUACCGGUGGUAUCGCCCAUGACUUCAACAACCUGCUCAUGGUGAUCCUUGGCAGCCUUGAACUGGCCAAGAAGCGCGUUCCACAAGACUCGAAAAUCUAUUCCCUGUUGAAUAACGCGAUCGCUGGUGCCGAACGGGGCGCGACGCUUACCCAGCGAAUGCUGGCCUUUGCCCGUCGCCAGGAACUGGAUCCGCAGCCUGUGGAUGUGGGUGGCCUGAUCAGAAACAUGUCUGAUCUGCUGUCCCGGAUUUUAGGGGCUGGCAUCAGCGUAGACACACAGUUCCCGCUGAUCUUGCGGCCAGUAUUGGUCGACAUGAGCCAACUGGAAAUGGCCUUGAUGAACCUGGUCAUCAACGCCCGGGACGCAAUGGAAGGUCGGGGACGGAUUCUGAUUUCGGCGAGGGAAGAUUCGUUUCCCGGCAGGCCGAAUGAAUCCGAAAGGUUGAUUUGCAUCUCUGUCGUCGACACCGGCCCCGGGAUGAAUGACGCGACCCUGCAAAGGGCCAUGGAGCCGUUUUUCACCACCAAAGGCGCGGGAAAAGGCACCGGGCUUGGCCUUUCGAUGGUGCACGGCCUGGCGGCACAAUCACAGGGCCACUUUGUGUUGAAAAGCACGGAGGGAGAGGGCACAACCGCAGAGCUUUGGUUACCGGUGGCGGUGAUGGAGACCACGCAGUCGCCAGCGCAGGCAUCAAUAGCAAACACGCCAGACGUCGCCCAUCAGCGAAGCCUCGACAUUCUGCUGGUAGACGAUGACCCACUGGUGCUCAUCAGCACCGGGGCGAUGCUUGAAGACCUGGGCCAUCAUGUCGUGUUGGCGGCAGACGGCCAGGCGGCGCUGUCUUUCCUGGCCCAAGGCAAGCGUUUUGACCUGGUGGUCACCGACAUGGCAAUGCCGGACAUGACCGGGAUUGAGCUCGCCGGCAAUAUCGAAUCGCUGUUUCCCACACUUCCUAUCAUCCUUUCGUCAGGAUUUUCCGAGAUUACCCUGGAUAUCAAAACCACAUUGACGCGACUUCCCAAACCAUUUGACCAAGCUGCAUUGGCGAAGGUAAUCGCCGAAACCACGCGCACCCGGAUUGAAAAGCCGUGU